CCAGCCGGGCGCUCAAUGAGUGGCGGCAGCAGCAGCAGCAGCAGCAUGCGCGCCCGGGCCGCGCUCCUGCUCGCUCUCGGGCUCGCCGCGGAGCUGGUGGCCGCGGGUGGAAAGAAACCCUAUCACGGGCCGUGUGGGGGCCGAGAUUGCAGUGCGGGCUGCAGAUGCUUUCCAGAGAAAGGUGCUCGUGGUCGGCCAGGGCCUGUUGGGACCCAAGGACCCAUAGGUGCUCCAGGACUUACUGGACCAGAAGGCUUGCCAGGGGCCAAAGGUGAGAAAGGGGCAAUGGGCCCUUCUGGACCAGCUGGACAGAAAGGAGAUAAGGGCCCAAUGGGUGUUCCUGGAUUUCAAGGCAUCAACGGGGUUCCGGGGCACCCUGGUCAGCCAGGACCCAGAGGUCUACCUGGCCUUGAUGGCUGUAAUGGCACUAUUGGGAGUCCUGGUGUGCGUGGGGAGGAUGGACUUCAUGGUAUACAGGGGCCACCUGGCCACCCUGGUCUAAAAGGUGCAAAAGGAGAACCUGCUUAUGCUCAAGGUGGCCGUAAAGGAAUGAAGGGUGAAAAUGGUCUUCCUGGAUUAGAUGGGAUUUCUGGUCCAAAAGGUUUGCCAGGCCCAGCAGGUUCUGCAGGAUCUAUAGGAUUGCCAGGCUUGCAGGGUCCACUGGGUCCACCAGGGCUACCAGGGCCAAAAGGUAACAUGGGAUUAGGUUUCCAGGGGGAGAAAGGAGAAAAGGGAGAUGUAGGGCUGCCUGGUCCUCCAGGCCCCCCACCAUCCACUGGUAUCCUAGAGUUCAUGGGAUUUCCUAAAGGCAAACAAGGGGAUCAGGGUGAGCCAGGCCCAAAAGGAUUCCCUGGGAUUAUAGGACUGCCUGGCCUGCCGGGUAUUGGAGGUGUUGGAGAGAAAGGAGAAAAGGGUGUCCCUGGUUUGCCUGGCAGCAGGGGCUUUUCAUCUUUGGAUGGAUCUGAUGGAAUUCCAGGGAGAAAGGGUCAUCCAGGGAUCCCAGGUUUUCCUGGGCUUGAUGGAGCAGAAGGAAUGAAGGGUGAAUUAGGUGAUCCUGGUCCUCCAGGUCCACCCAUCUAUCUUGAUGGCGAAGGUGUUGUCAUCUCAGGUUUCCCUGGAGAUCCUGGAACUCCAGGAAUCCCAGGCCCUCAAGGAGAUAAAGGGAUAAGUGGCUUACCAGGCCUUCCUGGUGCUGCAGGUGUUACACCCUUUGAUCCAGAUUCAGCUGGCCCCAUGGGGAUUCCAGGUACUUCAGGACUGAAGGGUGAACCAGGGGUCCCAGGCAAAGUAACAUUUGGAUUACCAGGCACACCAGGGAGUGAUGGCUUUCCAGGUCCACCAGGACCUCCAGGAUUGCCUGGCAUACUACGUCCUGGACAGCUACCAGACGUGAUACUGGAGGGAGAGCCUGGAAAACCAGGAGUACCUGGACAACGGGGGCCACCUGGAACUAUGGGUCAAAGGGGAUACAAAGGAGAACCGGGUGAUUGUGCUUGUGAUGGAGGAGUAAGCAUACCUGGCCCUAGAGGUGAAAUAGGCCUUCCAGGUUUACCAGGAAGUCCUGGCAGACCUGGACCAAAGGGCUCCAGAGGAGAUUCAGGCACAGUGGGUGUCCCAGGGCCACGAGGCCCAGUGGCUUCAUCUGGACAACCAGGUCCUCCAGGUCCCAAGGGAGAAAAAGGGGAGCCAUAUUUUACAACAGAUGGUGGCAUCCGGGGGGAUCCUGGUGUGAUAGGACCUAGAGGACCUUCUGGUAUCCCAGGAACUCCAGGCCAAGAUGGUCUCCCAGGCUUGCCAGGUCGGCCAGGACCUCCAGGUGAUGACGGCCUAGGUUUUCCAGGUGAAAAAGGUCUGCCAGGAUUACCUGGUCCCAAAGGCCGUCGUGGGGAGAGUGGUCCUCCCGGCAUUGGUUUCCCAGGUCCUACUGGAGUUCGAGGGCCUCCUGGUGACCCAGGAAUAGAUGGAUUUCCAGGACAGCCAGGUCUUCCAGGUCCUCCAGGUGACUGCUGCUGCGGUGAGGAGGUUGGUAAAGGAGUCUUAGACACAGAGGGAGGUAUCACCUUACCCUGUGUUUUUCCUGGAGCAUUUGGUAACCCUGGAUCUCCGGGCCACCCAGGAUUACCAGGUCGCAAAGGCAGCAAAGGAUUUCCAGGUAUUUCAGGCCAGCCUGGAUUAUAUGGAUCAAAAGGACAACUAGGUUCUCCUGGGUUAGUAGGACCACCAGGUGUUCCAGGCUUUCCUGGGAUCCGAGGAGAUCAGGGCCCACAGGGACUUCCAGGACUUGAUGGGACAGAUGGUUUACCUGGAAAGGCAGGAACCCCAGGAUUAGCAGGUGCAAAAGGAGCCCUUGGUGAAGUGUUUGAUGCUGAAAGUGGAGCUCUAGGUGAGCCUGGAGUGCCUGGAUUCCCAGGAGAUAAAGGGCUUGCUGGGGAACCUGGAUUUCCUGGACUGAAAGGUGUGGAUGGAAGGCCAGGCUUACUGGGCAUUAAGGGCGAACAGGGUAAUCCUGGCCUUCCGGGCAUUGUUGGAGUGCGAGGACCUCCUGGACCUGGGGGUCCAUUUGGCAUUAAAGGAAAACCAGGGACAGUUGGAACAGUUGGCCUCACAGGAUCACCAGGCUGUCAAGGGCUUCCUGGAGCACAAGGACCGACUGGUGAUGCAGGUCCCCCAGGCCCUGCUGGUAUGAAAGGCUUCCCGGGUCUUGAUGGUGUUCUAGGACCUCCUGGAGAAAGAGGAUUCCUAGGGCCACCUGGGCCUUCUGGUGGAGAUGGACGUCCAGGCUUCCCCGGACGAAAAGGUGAAAAGGGCUCCCCUGGUCUGAUUGGCUUCCCUGGCAUGCCAGGCCCAUCUGGCAGCCCUGGGCUGAGUGGUUUGAAGGGAAGUCUUGGUACAACUGGCAGGAAAGGAAAUGCUGGAAUUCCUGGACCUCCUGGUCAAAAAGGUGACAGGGGUGACCCCGGUCCACCUGGUCCCCCUGUUCUGAAGCCUCAAGAACUGGUGCUGGCAUUCAAGGGAGACAAAGGAGAUCCUGGGUUAGCUGGACUGGAAGGAUUCCCGGGACCUAGAGGUGAUAAAGGAUUCCGUGGAACCCGGGGGAAACCUGGUCUGCCUGGUUCACGUGGGCUACCAAGCAGGGAGAGAGGCUUAGCAGGUGAUCCAGGUCUCCCUGGCUCCUUUGGACAACCUGGCUUUCCUGGACAGAGGGGAGUAGCUGGUAUCCUAGGAUUCCCAGGAAUGCCUGGGGAAAGUGGUUCGGAGGGUAUCUCGGGAGCAUCAGGAUUCCCAGGGACUACUGGCUCCAUUGGACCGAAGGGUGAUCGGGGGGAGUCGCUUGGAAUUCCAGGUGAACCAGGAGCUAAAGGAGAACGAGGGAAUCCUGGAUUUCCAGGUGAAAGAGGGAAAGAAGGACCAAAGGGAGAACCAGGAUACCCAGGAAGCACUGGAACGAAUGGCCUUAAAGGAGUCCCAGGGGACCUUGGCCUUCAAGGACCACCAGGAAUCCCUGGAAGUGCUGGGCUGAGAGGAAACACAGGUCUUCCAGGUCUUCCAGGGCAACCUGGUUCUGUAGGAUUCAUCGGACCUCUUGGGGUUGUGGGACCAAAAGGUUUUCCUGGAUUUCCAGGCUUAAAUGGUCUGAACGGCUUGCCAGGCACAAAAGGGUCACCUGGAACACCAGGCUUAAGUGAACCUGGAUUGCAAGGCCCUGCAGGACUUCCAGGUCCUAAGGGUGAAGAAGGUCCUCCAGGAGCUGGCAUAGGAACUCCAGGACUCCCUGGGCUGAAAGGAUCCUCAGGAGACAUGGGUCUACCUGGCCCUGUGGGGCUGCCUGGUCUACCAGGAGCUCCUGGCAUCUCUAUUCCUUCUGACAUACGUGGGAGACGGGGUGAUCCUGGCCGUCCUGGAGUCAAUGGGAGUCCAGGUCUUCCUGGCCCCCCUGGCCCCCCAGGGCCCCCUGGCCCAGCAUCUGAUCAAGGUGAUACAGGCAUUCCAGGUGUCCCUGGUGUUUCUGGUUUCCCAGGCCCAAAAGGUGACAUGGGGCUUCCUGGGCCAACUGGAAUCCCAGGAGCUUCAGGACUCAAAGGUGCCCGGGGAGAGCCAGGUUUUAUGGGGAUGCCAGGGAAAGAUGGGUUUCCAGGGGAUGCUGGUCACCCUGGGCUGAAAGGGGACACUGGCCGUCGAGGUCCCCCAGGUCUACCUGGUGCUCCGGGCCUAACACCAAAGCCAGAAGAAGUUGUAGUUCCCCCUGGUAUAAUAGGUCUGCCUGGGAUUGAUGGUGUCCCCGGUUUUGCUGGAGAUCCUGGGAUUCAGGGACCACUUGGGAAGCAAGGUCCAAAAGGUUUACCAGGCAGAUCUGGUCUGAAAGGACGUGAUGGUUUAUCUGGACCACGCGGCAUAGUUGGAGAUCCAGGAUCUCCAGGUAUCCCAGGACAACAAGGAUAUGAAGGUGUCUCUGGAAAGCCCGGCCCUAUUGGUUUGCCUGGAAUGCCUGGUCGGAGCAUAAGCGUUGGUUACACUUUAGUGAAACACAGCCAGUCAGAACAGAUCCCACCAUGCCCAAUAGGAAUGAAUAAGCUCUGGGAUGGUUACAGCUUGUUAUACGUGGAGGGGCAGGAAAAGGCGCAUAACCAGGAUCUUGGUUUUGCUGGCUCCUGUUUGCCUCGCUUCAGCACCAUGCCAUUUAUUUACUGUAACAUUAAUGAAGUGUGCUACUAUGCCAGUCGAAAUGACAAGUCCUUCUGGCUGUCCACCACUGCUCCCAUCCCUAUGAUGCCCGUGACCAGCUUCCAGAUUGCACAGUAUAUCAGUCGUUGCUCAGUAUGUGAAGCACCUUCCCAGGCUAUCGCCAUCCAUAGCCAGGACAUAACCAUUCCACAGUGCCCUGCUGGCUGGCGCAGCCUUUGGAUUGGAUACUCUUUUCUCAUGCACACAGCAGCUGGUGCAGAAGGAGGUGGCCAGUCCCUUGUCUCACCUGGCUCUUGCCUGGAAGAUUUCCGUGCUACUCCUUUCAUCGAAUGCAAUGGUGCCAGAGGAACCUGCCAUUAUUUUGCAAACAAGUACAGCUUCUGGCUGACAACUGUUGAGCAGAACCAGCAGUUUGUCGGUGCUCCUCCCUCAGAAACUCUGAAAGCAGGGCAGCUUCGAACACGAGUGAGCCGUUGCCAAGUAUGCAUGAAGAACUUGUAGCAAAACCAAAUGAAACAGCAACAGAAAACUUCCGAGUCCAAACCUCAGUGAUUUGAAGAAAUAGGAAACAGAUCAGCCUUUUCUGUGCUGGGUUUUAUGGAUGGGUUAUGACAGUCAAGAACGUAUGGAAACUGUCUGCAAGUCCAUGAGGAACAUGACUUAACACAGAAGAAAAGAGGGAUACACUAAUGCUCUGAAAGCUGUUUUAUGGAACAUGGUGCUUCAUAUUUGUUUGUCUGUUCCUGGCUACCUCAGAAAGUGUCUGUGCCUUUCAUUUAGUUUACACAGUGAUAGAUAUUUCACAUUACACUGCCCAUCUGUUCUAGGUGCUCUUCUUUGGCUAGUUAAGAGGGUGUUUUUUUAAACAAGUUUGUUUCACUUAUGAAUUGUCUUUGCAGAAAAAGCACCUGAUCUGGCUUGAGGAAAUGGACCUUGAUUUUGCAAUGAAAUGUGCAACUGAAGUAGAUUUUCAAUAGGAAAAGAACAGAACUUUGAAGCGGUUAAAGUGAAUCAUUGUCUCAGAGGUGUAAGUGUUAGGCUGGCUUGCCUGGGAAGGUCCUAGUUUUAAAGAUGAGCUACUUCAUUUAGCAACAGGGAGCACUCUUUGGGUUCUGGCUUACUCUGGUGACUUCAAAAGUUAUCCUGGUGAAAACUUGUGGAUCUUUGUAUCUCCCUGAGCUGAAAGCCACUUUUUGUGAUUAUUCACAGCUUCUCUCUGCUGAACUGUCAUGUAAAAUGUAUGGUUCAAGGUCUGCGGUUACCCUUUUUCACUCUAGCAGUGAAUUAAUUCUGGUGUGACCACCAGAAUAAUUCAAUAUGCGUAUAACAUUUUCUUUCCGAGGUAGCCUUUGGCACAGUUAUUUUCUAAGUCUUAGAACUGUGUAUCUUUUAAAACGUAGAAGCUUUAUAAUACAGCAUUCAAGUUCAUGAAAACAUGGAAAUAAGCUGUUAUUGGAUAUAUGUUUAUACAACUAAAACACCUUGUACUGUAUUCCUCAUCCUCUAGGAUUUAUUUCUGCUACUCACUAUCUUUUAAAAAAUUAUUAUAUUUUUAAUUCACUGUUAAAUAGUCAAAUUCCCUGCAGGGUGUAACUGCACAUCAGGUAUCACUGAUUGGCCUUCCCUUAAAAUACAUAGGAAAAAUCCAGUAUGCCAGUCUUGUGAAUUAAUAACUAGGACUUAAGCUGUUAUUGUCAGCUUCUCUUUCUGCAGUAAGUUUGAUGAGGCCACUAUGUAUGAACAUAUUAGGAGAUGUGAAAUAAGUGCCUUGUAAAUUCCCUAUGGUUUCUUUUACAACUGAAGGACAGACUUCUACAGAAAUUGCUAUUGGUGUGAAGCUGAGGCUCUUUUUACCACAUGAUGAUGAUUCUUUAUUACAGGCUGAAUAAAUCUUAUCCAGUGAAGUCCUUAGGCAUGUGCUCUGCUUUUACCAACGUGGACCUGACAGGGUAACAAGGCAACUGUGUCAUUUUUCCAUGUGCGGAUUUGAGACAACUCUUUUAUAUUUAGUCAGUUGAAGCAAAUUCACAAAAUGUAGCAACAUACAACCUAUGAAAAGCUUAAGAAAUUUAUUAGAUGCACAGAUAAAGUGCUGUAACACAAACUCAUGUAAAUCUAUUUAAAAAUAAAUAAGAUACUGUUAAACCA